AUGUCGCUGGCUUUUGAACAAGCUGGAUCGCUCUUCACCGGCUGGUUUCGGUCAUGCGUCUCAUGUUUAUCGCCGCAUGAAGAGGUGCAGGAGGGACAGAGGGGUCGAGAGACGAAGGAAAGAGGCGUCGAACGGGAGAUGCAAGUAUGCCAUACCCAACCGCAUCUGGUUCCUCCCAUGAAACUGGUCGUGUACGAUGAUCUCCCCAGUCCCGGUGGUUAUCAUAAUCGCCAGCGGAGCUCACUAUCAUCAUGGGUAGUUGAGGGGAGAAACCUCGCGUCACGGGCCUCAACCCGUGCAAGUAUGUCCUGGAAGAGACAAUCAACAAUCCCCUUGAAGAUUGGCGCACCGUCCGAUUUUCGUCGAGUCGACUCCUUCCAUCUCGACUCGAUGCCAGCGUUGCCAAAGCAGUACCGGCCCCUGGAACUGAGCAUUCACCGAUCUGGCCAUCGGUUAUCAGACUUGCCCUCGUUCGAGGAGUUCCAGCUGGAGGACAAUCAUCAACGUCAGACUAUAGCGUCCCCUCCACGGGCCUUCACUCCGCCUGGUAUUCGAGCCCGACGCUGCCAAUCUAGUCAUGCUGCAGUAUCCGUAUCUCGAAAGCCAGUCGGCUCGGGAGAUCGUCUAUCAUCUGUAUACCUUGAGCAUCCCAUCAAAGCCCCCAAGCCAGUCCGCAUUGCGAGCACUUUGAUCCCCCAUUUCUCUCUCGUCAACCCCAUUGAGACAACUAUACACGAAUCAGAUCUCAACAUGCCAUUCUUCGACCAGUCCAGCUGGGAAUCAAACGUCCUCUCACUAAAAACCUCAACCUCAAACCACGCCGAGACUCAAACUCUCUCAUCAGAGUCAGACUCAGAGCGAGAACCCCAAACACCUCGUCCCAAAGGCACCGACCCCAGCGACUCAUCCACCUUCACCAACUCACCUUUCUCCACCGGAGACUCCCCAUCAACCGCAAGUUCACGAACAAUGCCAUCCCGCCUCUCCUCUCUCCGCCGUCCCUCAACAGCCGAAAACCGCAACACCAUCGCCGCAGCGCCCCUACCCGCACUCCCCAGUCGAAUGUCGCAGUGGUUCUUCCCCGGUAGCAAAGUAUCCGGAUCCGGAUCCCCAUCCAAGCCAGUCUCUCUCGCCGGCGAAAAUGGGUUCGCCUGGGAACGCACCCGGACGCUCAGCGGUACGACUGUCGGCUCAACGGUCACGACUAUCACCGGCGGUGCGAGUACCCGACGACCGAAUUUCUCUGUCUCGAGUACUUUCACUGCCUCGUCAACGCCCAGGGCAUCGAUUUCGGGAGCCACCCCAACCCCCGGUACAGAGAAGGAUAUUGAUGCUGGCUUUUAUCAUCCCACUAUCUUUGAGGGUCGUUCGCAGCAUCAUCUUUCCCAGACUGAUUCCCGGGCUGAGGAGUUCUCGAGGUAUGACGGGACCAAUGUUGGCCUGGCCUUUUAG